UGAGCCCCGCCCCCUCCCGGAGGUAUCCGCGAAGGAGAGGCGGCGGCGGCGGCGCUAGCGGAGGAGCCCCGUGGCCCAAGAGCCGGCUGCAGGGGACACCACAGCCCGCGGCCUCCUCCGGGCCCGUCAGGUUUCUGGUGCCAGGUGGUUAAAGAGGGAAAAUGAGAAGAUUUUUGAGACACGGUCAUGAUCCUGUAAGAGAGAGGCUCAAGCGUGACCUUUUCCAGUUUAACAAGACUGUAGAACAUGGAUUUCCCCACCAGCCCAGUGCCUUGGGAUAUAGCCCCUCUCUCCAUCUUAUGGCUAUCGGGACCAGAUCAGGAGCCAUCAAACUAUAUGGAGCUCCUGGGGUGGAGUUUAUGGGUUUACAUGAAGAGAAUAAUACCGUCAUGCAGAUACACUUUAUUCCCGGCCAGUGCCAGCUGGUGACACUGCUGGAUGAUAACAGCUUGCAUCUCUGGAGCCUGAAGCAGCGUAGUGGGGCAUCUGAGCUGCAGGAGGAGCAACGCUUCACACUUCGGGGGCCUCCUGGAUCUCCUCCAAGUGCCACCCAGAUAACUGUUGUCCUUCCACAUUCAUCACGGGAAGUUCUGUACCUUGGCACUGAAAGUGGCAAUGUCUUUGUGGUGGAGCUCCCGUCCUUCAGACUGUUAGAGGAUAGGACCAUCACCUCUGAGGCAGUGCUGCAGUGGGUGCCAGAAGACUGUCGUAACAGGCGGUCGUUUGAAUUGGUGGAAGCCUUACAGGAGCAUCCCAGGAACCCUGGACAGAUUCUGAUUGGAUACAGCAGGGGCCUCAUUGUCCUCUGGGACGUGCAUAACAAAAAAGUGUCGCACCACUUCCUGGGCAGUCAGCAAUUGGAGAACCUCUUUUGGCAGAAGGAUGGCCGUCAAAUCGUUAGCUGCCAUUAUGAUGGAAGUUAUGCCCAGUGGCCAGUAUCCAAUGAUAACAGGCAGCCUGAGCCCCUGGAAAGCAAAGUGCCUUAUGGUCCUUUCCCUUGCAAGGCCAUUUCCAAGAUUUAUUGGCAGACAACAAAGAAUGGGCUACCUUACAUUAUAUUCCAAGGAGGGAUGCCCCGAGCUAGCUAUGGUGACCGGCACAGUAUCUCUGUCGUCCAUGGCAGCCAGCAGACUGCCUUUGACUUUACAUCGCGGGUGAUAGACUUCUUUGUCAUCUGCAAUGCAGAUCCUGCUGCAGAGUUUGAUGACCCCUCUGCUAUGGUGGUGCUAGCCGAAGAAGAACUGGUGGUAAUAGACCUAAAGAGUGUAGGCUGGCCAGCAGUCCAUCCUCCGUACCUGGCAUCUCUCCACUGCUCAGCCAUCACCUGUUCACACCAUGUCUCCAAUAUCCCACUGAAACUGUGGGAGAGGGUGAUCAGCGCUGGAAGCAAACAGAACUCUCAUUACUCAAAUAUGCCAUGGCUGAUAGAUGGUGGCACCAACCUGGCUCCAGAUCCUCCCCAGAGGGACCUGCUUCUUACAGGGCAUGAGGACGGCACUGUGCGUUUUUGGGAUGCUUCAGGUGUUUGCUUGCGCCUCCUUUAUAAGCUGAGCACUGUGAGGGUCUUCCUCACAGACGCAGAUCCCAAUGACAACAUGAACCCGCUGGGUGAGGAUGAAUGGCCUCCGCUGCGUAAGGUUGGUUCCUUUGACCCUUACAGCGAUGACCCCAGGCUCGGGAUCCAGAAGAUUUACCUGUGUAAAUACAGCGGUUAUCUGACCGUAGCUGGUACGGCAGGGCAGAUACUGGUGAUGGAACUGAAUGAUGAAGAGUCGGAGCAUGUUGUGGACCACGCUGAAGCAGACUUACUACAGGACCAAGAAGGCUAUAAGUGGAAAGGUCACGAGAGGCUAAAGGCCCGAGAUGAGCCUGUCCGAUUUGAACCUGGCUUCCAACCAUUUGUCCUGGUUCAAUGUCAACCACCUGCUGUGGUCACGUCACUGGCCCUUCACUCUGAAUGGAAGCUCGUGGCCUUUGGUACCAGCCAUGGCUUUGGGCUUUUUGAUAACCAGCAGAAACGACUAGUCUUUGUCAAAUGUACGUUGCAUCCCAGUGACCAGCUGGCUUUGGAAGGCCCUUUAUCUCGGGUGAAGUCCUUGAAGAAAUCCCUCCGGCAGUCAUUCAGGCGGAUCCGGAGAAGCAGGGUGUCUAGCAGGAAGCGACGAGCUGGUGGUGGGAUCGCUGGGGAGGUACAAGAGGCGAAUUCCAGGUUUGACCAAGAUGCAUUACAAGAGAUGGAACUGGCUCCAAUCCAGAGGAAGAUAGAAGCGCGGUCUGCAGAAGAUUCCUUCACUGGCUUUGUGCGCACCUUGUACUUCGCAGACACCUUUUUGAGAGACAGUUCUCGCCACUGCCCCUCCUUGUGGGCAGGCACCAAUGGAGGCACGGUCUAUGCGUUCUGUUUGCGUGUUCCACCAGCGGAGAGAAGGAUGGAUGAGUCUGUCAAGGCAGAGCAGGCCAAGGAAAUUCAGCUGAUGCACAGGGCUCCUGUUGUGGGGAUACUUGUCUUGGAUGGGCAUGGCACUCCCCUCCCAGAGCCACUAGAAGUAGCACAUGACCUUUCUAAAAGUCCUGAUAUGCAAGGCAGCCAUCAACUUCUUGUGGUGUCUGAAGAGCAGUUCAAGGUAUUCACGCUGCCCAAGGUUAGCUCCAAACUGAAGUUCAAGCUGACAGCUCUGGAAGGCUGUAGGGUACGAAAGGUGACAGUCGCUAACUUUGGCAGCUGCAAGACUGAUGAUUAUAGUGAAAAUGACCUGGCCAUCCUCACUAACCUGGGAGACAUUCAGAUCAUCUCUCUGCCCUUCCUCAAGUUACAGAUCCGCUAUCCCUGUAUCCGUAAGGAAGACGUGAGUGGCAUUGCUUCCUGUGUCUUCACCAAAUAUGGCCAAGGUUUUUAUCUGAUCUCACCAUCAGAGUUUGAGAGGUUCUCCCUGUCUACCAAAUGGUUAGUUGAGCCCCGAUGUGUUGUGGAUACACCAGAAAUUACCGGCAACAACUACUUGCACAACAAAGCUGGCAUGGAGAAGGCUACAAGAAAAUCUAGGGAAUCAGGCAGGAGUUCUGGUGAUCCUGGAGAAGAUGAUGAGAGGAAGUCUGGGAGAUUGAUGGAACAUGCCUUACUCAAUGAUGAAAAAGUUCUGAAGGAGAUCCAAAGUACCCUGGAGGGGGAGAGAAGAAGCGAUCACAUUUCCAUAUCCCAAAGGAGCAGGACUCUGAGUACUCGCAUACAGGAGCUAUGGAGAGAGAAAUUCAAGAAGAAUUCACGUAGGACAUGGACUAAGUAAUGGAGGAGCGGAAUGAUCAGACCUCAACAAAGCCGCUGUGACAUCCUGGCAUUGGAUUGAGUGCCAUAACACUACUGACUGGGAAAGCCGUCCCAUGGAGAGGAGGCCUCUACUUCUCCCUGCACAGCAGGAGACAGAGCUGUGACUCACUGGUGUGUCUGCCUCCCUCUCCCCCUCGUGCCUCACCAGAAACCACCUUUUCCUCCUUGAGUCUGCCUUGCACAGAGGCCAGAAGCAGACUGCCUGCUCUGAUGCACCACAAGCCUUUGUGUAUGUCUUUGUAACUAUUUUUAAUGUUUGCACAAUUAUCUCUUUUCUACUGGGCUGGGUUUUAAAUUAUAAAUGUUACUGCCCUGGGUGCAGAGUUUUAAUAAACACACUGUUACCUCUGAGUGGUUUAAGAUUAUUUUUUGUACAAUUUUUUAAAUUGUAAGGGUGUUUGUUUUAAUGGAAACAUAUUUUUAAAAUGUACUUUUUUUUUUUUAAGAAAACAAAUGAAAUAAUAUAUCUGUCGUUUUAGAUCCCUGUGGCUGCUGUAACUGGUAUUUGAAUGAGUCAUUCCAGUUAGGUUUUGUUUGACGGUACUGUUAACUGGUUUUACGGAUUUGGGUAGAAUCUAUUUUUGUAGCUGUUCAGAUUGGAGGAAAUUUAAUCAAACUUGAUUUGUUUUUCAACACUACGUUGGUCUUUUUGAAAUAAAUGAAAACCCUCAAUUA